UAGACCAAUGUCACUUGAAAAGAGCAACAAAACAUUUCAAAAAUGACUAAACUUGGAAAAAUCACAUAAUUCAAUCAAUAGAAAGUUAGCUGAAAGUUGAUAUGGAGCAAAUAUACUUGGAUCAGUUAAUAGCUCGACUACCUUAAAGCUCUCUAAGAAAAGCUUCAAAGGUUCGAUUUGAUACCAAGAUAGCCUAAGCAAAUUUGAUCUUGAAAAUGACAUUAAGGGACAGAAGCAAGGAGAAGAUUCGAUCAACCAGAACUCUCAAAACCUUUCAAACUAUAGUAAACUUUCAUAUAAACAGGGGAUAAACUCCCUCAGGCUUAAGAAAGCUCUAAAGGAGAAGACUAGGAUGAACCUUAAGAGCGAGAAGAAUAUCAAUAACAACAAGAAGAGGGGUAUCAGCAAGAUGUCUAAAUAAUAUUUCAACUACCUCUAGAGCUCUGAUAAAGACUCCCUUUGAGAUGAGCUCUAAGAGCAUUCUCAAAAGAAAGUCAAGGAAGGGGCUUAAAUAAGUAUUCUGAGAAACAGAGUACUACUAAUCUAACUCAAGCUAUUGGUAAAGAAAAUCGUCCUCCCAAGACGAAAUCAAGAGUAAAUGAGGAGAAGAGAUCUAGUGUCCCUAGAACAGAGAAAUCCAAGUUACUUGCUAAGCGAUCUAUCAUGAGCCUGAAGAGAACAACCAGGAAGAAAGGGAAUAAGUCUAAAAAGACAACUAGAGGAAAUGGUGUGGAUACUUUUCAAGAAUUGCCCUUAUCAAGCGAGGGAGAUCUCUCAAAUUGUCUUAAGGAUAACCCUACCUCCAAGAAGGAGGCAUUUAAAAGAAUUUCAUCCAUAUUACGAAAGAACAGGUUUGACCUACCAAAAAGUAUGGCAAAGGAUGUCUCAGAGUACAUCUGGAAGCACUGAAUGAAUCCAAAUUCUUCAAUGAGUAACCUCUCAAAUUCUAGAUCAAGACUUGGAACCAAAAGACUGAUGAACAAGAACUACUCUACUUCAGUGGAGAAGGAAAGGAAAGUCCUCAAAGAGAUCGAUGACCUCUACUCACUUGUCCUCGGUAUGAAAUUCGUGACCGGUUUUGAAGUCAAAGAUUCAAAAGACUCGAAGCUCUUUGGAGACAAGAACCUUAUUGAUGAUGAAGAAGAAGAUGAGAUCCAAACAAGUCGUUUCCCACAGAGUGAUUUUCAAUGAGAUCUUGUGCCUGAUGAAUUCUCUCGGAGAAAACACCAGAGAUCUAAGCAAUAUGAUACAUCUAAGAACAAAUCUGUCCUGCAGAAGAUUAAAGCAAAGUUGAAGAAGAUUAAAAGGGAACAUAAGAAAAAUAAAGAGAUCCUCUCAGCAAUGAACAACUUGAACAAACUAGUUACUGAGGAACUCAAGUUCUCAAGGAGUACUUCAAUCCCCAAGCUGAGGAAGACUGGAGAGCUGUUCAAUUCAAACUUGCUCUAUGAUAAAAAUGAAAGCAAGGAAAAUAAUAAUUAUAUCCCCAAUCCUGAUACUUUCAGAAAACUUGAAUCGGAUCGCGGAUACGAAAGUCAGGGAAUAAAUAGCCUCCUGAUGCCAAAUAUGCUUACCAAGGGAGACUCUCACCAAAACAAAGAAGAUGGAACCACAGCUGAAGAGAACAAGCUGAAGUUGCCUUUACAUCUCCUCAAUCCAUCAAAAUCCCAGCUAAAUCACAACUCAGCAGCAGUUUCUAACAGAGGAAAAAUAGAUUCUAAAUCUGCUUUACUCAACUUAAAUUCUAACAGGGCUGGAGACCACCAGUCCUCCUACAACACAGCAGAAUUCACAGAGACUCAGAGACAAGAAAAAGGUAAUAUGAGUAGAAGGAAAGAAAUCAGGUACAAUAAGCUUGCUGAUGUCUCCUCAGGCAACCAAUCUAAAGAGAAAGGAGAUAAUGCCAUUGAGAUCCUCAAUUAUUACAAUAAGUCCAUGAGCAGUGAAGCAAGCACAGAGAACACGAAGGAGAAUAAGAUGCUGAAGGAUGUACUAUAUGCUACGAUUAAACUCGUCCUUGCACAAAACAAACAAAUCAAGAAACUCAAGGAAGUUGUAACAAAAGGGAAAGAUGACCAACCAGAAGACUUUAUAGCUUCUGAAAUGAACGACGACUCUCGGAUUACAGAUCUCUCCUUGCUCUCAAUAGGAAAGGAUGCUAUUAACCCGAUUAUCACAGUGAAGAAUUUUUGAAAGAACACUUGACUCCAUGAAAAGAUACAGAGAAAGGAGAAAAAGCCAACAAAAGACUCUGACAAAGUUCAGAAUGAGGAUAUAAAGAACCUUUCCCAAAUCUCACAGAAGAACAUCGAAAGUAUUGAUGAGACCCUACUUCAUGAGCUUAAUAAGAAGAUGUUAAAGGAGUCGGUCAAGAGUAAAUCUGGGCCAGAUCUAUCUAAUAAAGCAGUGCCAAAGAACAACGAUAGAUAUUGUGAUAAUAGUUACACAAGUAAUGGGUAUAGUUUCAUAACUAAUAUGAAUCUUCUGAACACCUCUAUGAGUCCGAUCCAUAAAGCCAAUCCUUGAGCGAAUGAAAACUCAGCAGGAGUUACUAAAGAAGCCCAGAAUGGCAAAAAUGAGGAUGAUCAGAUCCAAAGGGAAAAUACUGGGCAAGAUGAGUUUAUCCAGAAUUUAUGUAAUCAGAAGAAGUUCCCUCCAGUUAACAAGCUAGAUAAUUCUCAAUUAUCUCUGAAUUAUUCUGAGAAGCAUAAUGAUUUCUCAGAAUUUCAGGACAAUUCAAAUCCUGAAUUUUUGGAUAACUCCUUCUCUCAGCAUGGGCUUCACCAAAAUGAUAAAUCUCUUGACUUAAAAUGCUACAAGAUGCAAGAAGAGAAGUUGAAAGGAAGCUUCCUGAAGAAGCAGGAGUCAUCACAGGAUCGAUACCAGAUGGUGAAUGAUUACAACACCUCUCCUGCUGAUAACUUCCAGCAAGAUUUUAGAGAUAUAAAUAAAGAAGAGGAAUACUCUAAAUUCCAAAAUGACAAUAUAGAUACUCACACUUUGAUUUAUAAUGAGUCUUCAGUUAUGAGUAAGAACCAGUUUGAUAUUAGCACCCGCUCAGGAGUCCGAAUUGGGAGAUAUGACAGCGAGGAAGAAAAUCCCUAUGAUGAGUCUAAAUCUGACUUAUUUAACCCAAUGAUGUAA